AAAGACUAUCAAUCGAAAUUCUUACCUAGUUUGGUGCAGAGUUGCGUCCCAGGAGCUAUUAGUGGUGAUCUUCCACUCCUGACUUUUCUGGAACCUUCUACUGUGUACGUGUACGUGUACGUACGGUUAAUAGUAACCUCGCUCUGAUGCUGAUACUAGUUAUUGGCUUGUCCUCGCAGCACGAGACCUGGCAUCGUCUCCUUCUCACACAGACAGCUUGUGGACCCAUUCAUUCUUCACAGGGUCAAUGAAGUCGGUCGGAUGCUCUCGCUUACAAGCAACACUCUUUUAGUCAGGUGACAAAUACGGAAUGCUCCUGGCAACGAUGACUGUCCUGCAUGAAUGAGAACGGGGUUGGAACAAAGUCGUCAUGGCCGGAGUCGAUGAUCCUGAAGAACUCGAGAUGCAUGUCAACAAUGACGCGAGUCUGGCCAGUGAUCAGGAUCAGCAGCAGGCGGAGGACGACGAUGACAUCAGCAUGGCGUCAUCAAUCAGCUCAUGGGGCUCCGAAUGGAAUGGGGAGGAUAGAAAAACGGUGGCCGAGAGAAACAACAUCCGGCUUCGGAAGACACGGGAACGACUAAAACGCAUUGCUUCUGCCUCGAUCGGCUUCCUCUGCACUAUGCUGGUUUUUUCCCUGUUCGGUGGACUGGCCUUGCUCAUCCUCGGCUUGGAGGAGAUCACGCCCAGGAGCAGCAUGAUCAUCGGUAUCCUGCUGAUCUUCAUCUUGCCGGCGGCGAUUGGCGUUAUGCAGUGUUGUCUGUGCAUGGUGACCACAAAGCGACUGGACUUGAUUGAUACGGAAGAGCUUCACAAUAACUGCGUGAUCGAGCAUUGAGGUGCUUGCAUCUGCCUGGCUUUGCUCGGUAAUAGCUUCUAACUGUCCACCAAUAUACAUGCAGACUGUGCAUAGAAAUGUGCUCCCAAUAACGCCUGUCUACAUGAUAUCUGUGACAGAAAUUCUUUAGAUGCAUAGCCCCUUGAGUACACGACCACCACCGCCACAAGACACCUUUUCACAUGUAGUUUAUCGGAUUUCAGAUUCUUCUAAGGCCAACCGUUGAUGUAGAAUAAGCUCUGGUGAUAUCAAAGUGUCUGAUAAACAUGCAAUGCAUGCUGUAGCGCAGUAUACUUCCUAUCAUAAUACAUAAACGUAGGUGUUAUCUGGAGUGAUGUGAGUGUCAGCUUGAGUUCUUCAUUGUGAUCAUACCCCAAGGACUAUUUGUACUGUGAGGUUUGCAUAAUGUGAGCGCAUCUGGUUGGUUGGUUUGUUGGUAUAUUUUAGUUUACUUCGCCAGAA